GCUACGUGGGGCACCUUGGCACUGCGCGGAGACCGGUCCGUCGCGGCGGGAGGGCUAGGGCGUGCGAACCGAGCUGGUGAGAGGGCAUGGCUAGGGGCCUGUAGACUUGGCGAUUUAGAAUAAACACCUGGAGCCUCCCGCUGCCUGCUGAGGAGACAGAUGGAGCGCAAGGAUGGGAGGUGUUCCUUGAGAGCCUAGGGAGUAAAAAGGUCCAGACUCCGGAUUUUGGUGCUGUAUGUUCGCUGGGUUCCUGAGAGUGGAGGACACCUGUGCAACUGUGAAGCCUCCCGUCAGUUUCCGGCAGUUUCCUCAUCAAAAGUGGACAAGCCCUGUCAGGACUCUCUGCCCUGUGAGCUGAGCUACAGUUCGCCAGAAAGGAGCGCUGAAGUUAUCAUGCUUCAGAGACUCCUAAUCACCCUGCCCGUCGAGGCCAGCACCUGGGUGAAGUUGCACCAUCCAAAGAAGGCCACGGAGGGGGCGCCCCAGUGGGAGGACAUGACUAAGAUGUUUGAAGGAGAAGUUCUGCUAUCUCAGGUUGCUGAUGAGACCCGGGGAGAAAGCUUUGAGGAUGAAGUGACAUCUGGGUCCCUGACAGCAGAAUCCCAGGAACUUUUAACCUUCAAAGACAUAUCUGUGGACUUCACCCAGGAGGAGUGGGGGCAGCUGGCCCCUGCUCACCGGAAUCUGUACCGGGAGGUGAUGCUGGAGAACUAUGGGAACCUGGUCUCAGUGGGGUAUCAUCUUUCCAAACCUGGUGUGAUUUCCCAGUUGGAGAAGGGAGAAGAACCAUGGCUGAUGGAGAGAGAGAUUUCAGGAGGUCCAAGUCCAGACUUGGAGGAUGAAACAGAAACCAAAGAGUCAGUCUUAAAGAGUGACAUCUCAUGGGAAGAAUUAUACCAUGACCUGAUGAUGGAAAGGUCCACGAGAGGAAGCACCUUGGUUUCCACAUUGGGAAGGGACUCCAAAUGUCGUAAGUUAGAAAACCACCAGGAGAACCAAGGAAUGGGUGCAGGGCAAAUCCCCUUGAUCCACAAGAAAACACUCACGCAGGAAAGAGGCCAAGAAUCUAACAGAUGUGUGAGAAGUAUUAAUGUGUGCUCAAAAGUUAUUCCAGGACCAAUAGAUCCUCCAAGAAAAAGACACCAUAAACAUGACAUAUCUAGAAAGAAAAGUAGAUACAAUUUAGGUUUGAUUAAUCACUCAAGGAAUUACACAAGAAUGAAAACCUUUGAAUGUAAUAUUUGUGAAAAAAUCUUCAAACAGCUCAUUCAUCUUACAGAACACAUGAGAAUCCAUACUGGAGAGAAACCUUUCAGAUGUAAAGAAUGUGGAAAAGCCUUUAGCCAAAGUUCAUCCCUUAUUCCACAUCAGAGAAUCCAUACUGGUGAGAAACCCUAUGAGUGUAAAGAAUGCGGGAAAACCUUCAGACAUCCAUCAUCUCUUACUCAACAUGUUAGAAUUCAUACUGGGGAGAAACCCUAUGAAUGUGGUGUAUGUGAGAAAGCAUUCAGCCAGAGCAUUGGGCUGAUCCAGCAUCUGAGAACUCAUGUCAGAGAGAAACCUUUUACAUGCAAAGACUGUGGAAAAGCAUUUUUCCAAAUUAGACACCUCAGGCAACAUGAGAUUAUUCAUACUGGUGUGAAACCCUAUAUUUGUAAUGUAUGCAGUAAAACCUUCAGCCACAGCACAUACCUAACUCAACACCGGAGAACUCAUACUGGGGAAAGACCAUAUAAAUGUAAGGAAUGUGGGAAAGCCUUUAGCCAGAGAAUACAUCUUUCUAUCCAUCAAAGAGUCCACACUGGAGUGAAACCUUAUGAAUGCAGUCAUUGUGGGAAAGCCUUCAGGCAUGAUUCAUCCUUUGCUAAACAUCAGAGAAUUCAUACUGGAGAAAAACCAUAUGAUUGUAAUGAAUGUGGAAAAGCCUUCAGCUGUAGUUCAUCACUUAUUCGACAUUGCAAAACACAUUUAAGAAAUACCUUCAUCAAUGAUAUGUGAAAUAUGUUCAACAUCAAAGAAUCCCCAAAUCGGAGCAAAAGCCUCUAAAUCUGUGGUUUUCUGACUUUUAGAUUUCAAGAACCAGUAAUUUUUUUAAUGGUUUGACCCAAUGUUACAACUAUUAAUUUUGCCAUAUUAAAAAAAAACUACUGGGCUUCCCUGGUGGCGCAGUGGUUGAGAGUCCGCCUGCUGAUGCAGGGGACAUGGGUUUGUGCCCCGGUCCAGGAAGAUCCCACAUGCCGUGGAGCGACUGGGCCCGUGAGCCAUGGCCACUGGGCCUGCGCGUCCGGAGCCUGUGCUCUGCAACGGGAGAGGCCACAACAGUGAGAGGCCCGCAUACCACAAAACAAACAAACAAACAAACAAACAACUACCUAUUAUCUGCAUUGUUUCAGAGAAGAAAGGGCAUUUUAAUAUUUAAAAAUACAGGAAAGAUAUAUUCAUAGAAAACAGCCCUUUACAUUUGAAUUAACUUAGCUUUAUGAAAAUCUCCCAAAUUUGUCUUUAUUUUUCUCAUUUCACUGUGGGCCAGUGAAAUCAUCACAACAGGCCAGUGAUCUGUGAUUGGCUUUGAGAGUCACUGUUUUAAAUAUCCCUUUAAUGAACCAGAAUAAAAUAUAAUCUUUACUAUAGCCCUUUAUAUGGCUAGAAGAGGUAUAAAUAAAAAUGUCAGUUGUCUCAUUUCUAGAAGAAAUAAUGUUAAAGGGAGUUUUCUAGACUUGAUAGAUAAUGUGCUAUACAUGAGAUGCUUAUAUUUUAUGGUUUUCUAUAGAGAGGAAUUGGCAAACUUUUUCUAUAAAGGGCCAGAUAGUAAAUAUGUUAGGUGUUGUAGGCCAUAUGGCCUCUCUCAGAACUACUCAACUCUACCAUUUUAUUGCAGAAACAUCCAGAGAAAAUAUAUAAAUCAGGGUAUCUCAGUCUUGGCACUGCUGAUAUUUUGGGGCCAAAUACUUUGUUAUGGGCAGCCAUCCUGUGCAUCAUAGGGUGUUUAGCAGCAUCCCUGGCCACUGGUUGCCAGUAGUCCCCUCAUCCAUUGUGAUGACCAAAACUUUCCCCAGACAUUGCUAGAUGUCCCCUGGAGGACAAGGUAGUUCCUACUUGAGAACCACUGACAAAUGAAUGGGUGUAGCUGUGUACCAAUAAACUUUAUUUAAAAGACAAGUUUGAGUUGCAUUUAGCCCGAGGGUUGUAGUUUGCCACUCCUGCUAUAGAGUAUGUAAAAUGAUUAAUACUGACAAUGGACUGCCACUUAAUGUCAAAUUUGUAUGCUUGUUUAUAU